AUGGCUGUCGACGACAAUGUAUCCACAUCUGAGGGAACUAACACAUCUGGAAACGACACUAGUAGUGCUUUGUAUGUGCAUCCUUCAGAUAGCCCAGGGAUGAUGCUUGUCCCUGCUCAAUUUGAUGGAACAGGAUAUCGAUCCUGGAGAAGAGGAGUUAUGCGAGCUCUGUCAGUGAAAAACAAAUUGGGUUUUAUCGAUGGAAGCUGUGAGAAACCAAAUUCCAAUUCGCCUCAAUUGCGCCAAUGGCAGAGGUGUGAUGAUAUGGUAACAUCUUGGGUUUUAAAUUCAUUGAUCAAGGAAAUCUCAGAUAGUGUGGAGUAUGUGAAUAAUUCUGCUGAACUUUGGAAGGAGUUAGAGGAUAGAUACGACCAAACUAAUGGGGCAAAACUGUACCAGAUACAAAAAGAAAUCAAUGAUCUCGCUCAAGGAAUCUUAGACAUCACAGUCUACUAUACGAGGAUGAAGAAAUUGUGGGAGGAGUUGAAUACUUUGAGUGUGAAGAAUCAAUGUAGUUGUGUAUGUGUGUGUGGUGCAAAGGAUGGUAUGCACAAGGCAGAGCAAGAUAGACGUUUGAUUCAGUUCCUUAUGGGACUAAAUGAAGUGUACACAGUAGUGAGGGGAAAUAUCCUCAUGAUGAAUCCACUCCCUUCUAUGGGACAGGCUUUCUCACUGUUAAUCCAGGAGGAAAAACAAAGAGAAUUUAAGCCUAUUGGUCGAAUGCCCACAGAUUCAAUCUCUUUGAAUGCAAAUUCUCUUGAUAACAAGAGUCAUGGAGGAAGGACUUUCAGGACAAAUUAUCAAGGAAACAGUUAUGCAGAGGUUGUUUGUGAAGUCGUCGGAGAAAUAAGGAAGAAGAGCGUCGUAAUAAUUGGGGGCGGAGGAGUUGUGGGAGUGACUAUUGAGGUUGAUGGUGGUGAAAGUCAGAUAUAA